CAACACCUGCCGUUUGUUAUGAUGUAACAGCGGUGCACAGUGAUUGAUAUUUAUAGUUGAUAUUAGCAGGUUAAUAUACAGUAGCUUGACGUGGACAGGGAUAUAACUGAAGCUGACGGCUGCUGCAACGCUAACCUUAGCCGUCCUGACUGACUUGACGACGAAGGAAACAACGAAAGUGUUCGUUUAUGUCACACGGAUGAAAUUAAUGCUCACUGGCGAAACGUCUGUGUUUUUCGAGAGGACAGAAAUGUGUCUUGUGGACUCGGACGCCUGGUCGAAGAGGAAAUGUAAAAAGGACUAACGCCUUCAGACAAACAACAGUCCGGUGUUGACAUUUGUGUUGCAUCUUUUCGAUUUGUUGAAGCUAACAGUGACUGUUGACUAGCUCGCGGAUGUUGGCUAGCUUUAUAUGUCGCUGCGGCUUGUAUUUUUCAGAUAGACGUAGGUUAAAUGAUUCAGUGUCACAUAACAGACUAACCUUAUUCCCAUAAUAUUGCUGUCAUGUUUGCAGAGAGCUGCUAUGGGCAGCAGCUAUGACGCUAGGUCUACAGGGUUAUGUCACUGUCAGGCUAACAGAUAGCUCGCUGUCUGCAGCUGCUCCACUGUUUGCAUGGUCAUGUCUCACAGGCUUGGCAUCAUGUAGACUGUCCCUCUGAACAGGUUAGGCUUCUGGGGAAUAAACAGUGUGUUAGUGAGCCUCCUCGGUGAGUAAUGCAAAGCUGGAUUGCAGCUAUCCAACUGGGUCAAAGACUUGACAGCUGGUACUGAUACAGUUUAGGUCAGGAUUGUUGCUAGCCAUGCUCAAAGCCGUCUGCUCUGUGUGAUAUUACAAACAUCCCAACCUAGUUAGAGGGCAUGUGAAUGCAUCAUGUCCUGUCUGCAUCUCUUAUUUAUGCAAUAAGACACAUCAGAGCAGCCUGUCAUGAAAUAAAGCCGCAGUGCGAGGAGCAGCAGCAGCAGCACCAGGACUGAGUGGAAUAUUUUGCUCCAGGAUUAUAUUCUGAAGAGGAGAGCAACGUUCAGAGCUGUCCACUCCAGGGUUCAGCAUCAGCUGUACCAUCAACUCAUCACGAUGGAGACAGUGGGAGAUUUUGAGUACAGCAGAAAAGACCUGGUUGGACAUGGAGCCUUUGCUGUGGUGUUCAAAGGAAGACACAGGAAGAAGACAGAUUGGGAGGUGGCCAUCAAGAGUAUUAAUAAGAAGAACCUGUCCAAGUCCCAGAUACUUCUUGGCAAGGAAAUCAAAAUCCUGAAGGAGCUCCAGCAUGAGAACAUCGUGGCACUUUAUGAUGUCCAGGAAACUCCCAACUCUGUUUUCCUGGUCAUGGAAUACUGUAACGGAGGUGAUCUCGCCGACUAUCUGCAAGCCAAGGGGACCCUGAGAGAAGACACACUGAGGGUUUUCCUCCAGCAGAUAUCUGCGGCCAUGCGCAUCCUCAACAGCAAAGGAAUCAUCCACCGUGACCUGAAACCACAGAACAUCCUGUUGUCAUAUGCGGGUCGCAAGAAGUCCAACAUCAGCGGCAUCCGCAUCAAAAUAGCUGACUUUGGCUUCGCACGAUACCUCCAGAGUAACAUGAUGGCUGCCACGCUAUGUGGGUCACCCAUGUACAUGGCCCCAGAGGUCAUCAUGUCCCAGAACUAUGACGCCAAGGCUGACCUGUGGAGCAUAGGGACAGUCAUCUUCCAGUGUCUGGUCGGCAAGCCACCUUUCCAGGCCAAUAGUCCCCAAGACCUGAGGAUGUUCUAUGAGAAAAACAAGAAUCUACAACCCAUCAUCCCGAGGGAGACAUCCCCCACUCUUAGUGACCUUUUAAUGGGGUUGCUCCAGAGGAAUCAGAAAGACAGGAUGGACUUUGACACAUUUUUCAGCCAUCCUUUCUUGGAGCCAACAUCCACCAUUAAAAAAUCGUGUCCAGUGCCGGUCCCCAGCGCCUCUAACGCUGCAUCGGACAGUUCCUGUGGCAGUUCCCCAUGCAUCCGCUACAACUCCCCUCCUUCACUCCCGGACAUGCAGACUCUAGCAGAAGAUGGCCUGUCAUCCCCUCCGUUGGGUCCGCCCAACUUCCUGCAGCUGUCCAAGGAGUCCGCAGGAAGCACCAGCAGCAAGAACUCCUCCUGUGACACUGAUGACUUUGUCCUGGUGCCUCACAUCUCUACUGACAGCUAUGACCAGCCAAUGGGAGUGGGUCGCCGGCCGUCCAGCGAGUUCCUCAUGUGUGCAGGGCAGCCACAGCCGACCCCGGGACAGACUCCUAUGGUGUCCCCGCGGGCAGAGACCACCCCCAUCCCCGUUCCUACCCAAGUCCGCAACUACCAGCGCAUCAAGCAGAACCUCUCCAGCAGCCCGACCACCACGCUCUACAGCUCCCCCAGGUCUGGCACAGUGAGACGCUCCAACACUAGUCCUAUGGGGUUUCCCAAGGUAGGCUCAGGAUCCCCCAGCUCUGCAGAUGUCCCUCAGACAGUGGGUCGCCGCCUCUCCACAGGCAGCUCCCGGCCCUACUCUCCUUCACCUCUGGUGGGCACCAUCCCUGAGCAGCUGGGUCACUGCUGCUGUCACCUGCAGAACCACGAGCCUCGCAGCCGGAGCUCCUCAGGAGGCUCCCCCGUCCCGUCCUCUCAGCUCCUGGGGGCUCGUCUCCAGAGCGCCCCCACCCUGACCGAGGUCUACCAGACCAGGCAGAAGCUCCACAAGCAGCUGUCAGACCCGGUUCAGCCUUCCUCCUCAUCCUGCAGUCACUCCCCUCAGCUCGGCCGACCGACCAACCUCGGCUCCUCCCCCACCAAGCUGCUGGGCUCCUCCCCACGCACGUCCGACUGGCUGCAGAAGUCCCCUCUGCCCACCAUCAUUGGUUCCCCCACCAAGACCAUUUCAGCACCAUUCAAGAUCCCCAAAACACAGGCAUCCUGUAACUUGAUGGCGCUGGCAGACACCCCCAUGCCCACCAAGCCGCUGGCAGAUGCCAGAGAUAUCUGUGCCCAACACUGCAGCCCCUACCCCUGUGGACGUCCAGCUGCCCCGGAGGCCAGCAGGACCUUUGGCAGGUCUGUCAGUACAGGCCGUCUGUCUGAGCAGCCAAUCAGAAUCACUCUGGGUGGACAGGCCUAUCAGGGCAGCACUGACAGCCUGAACACAGAGCGACCCAUGGACACAGCCCCUGCAGGUCCCACUGUUCUGGCUCAGGGUGUGUCAGCAAGUCCCCGCACCGUCCUUUUCACCGUGGGGUCACCGCCCAACAGCAGCACUCCACCUACCUGCAGCCAUCUGGGAACCCGACCACGAACCACCUCAGUGGGUUCAAACAGCUCGGCUGGCUCCCUGUGUUCCACCAGCGGUCGGGUCUACGUCGGCUCUCCUCCGGGCAUGGCCAUAGGCUCCUCUCCUCCAGGAGGCUUUGGUUGUGGGCAGAUCAUUCCCGGGACAGAGGGGGCACCCAGCAGUCUGCGCUAUGUCCCCUAUGGAACCUCCCCUCCCAGCUUGGAGGGAUUCAUCACCUUUGAAGCCCCCGAGCUACCCGAGGAGACCCUCAUGGAGCGGGAGCACACAGACACCCUGAUGCACCUGCGGAUGAUGCUCUCCUUCACCGACUGCGUCCUGGAAAUGGCGGCAGUCAGAGCUGGGGGGACGGAGCUCGGCGUGUCGGCCGCCUCCCUGUACCCUCCUCAGGACAGUGUGGUUGUUGACCAGAUAAGCCAGCUCAGCAAAGAGUGGGGGCAGGUGGAGCAGCUGGUGCUCUACAUGAAGGCAGCUCAGCUCCUGGCUUCCUCCCUCCAUCUGGCCAAGGCUCAGAUUAAAUCAGCCAAGCUCAACCCUUCCACUGCAGUCAAACAAGUGGUGAAGAGUCUGAACGAGCGUUACAAAAGCUGCAUCUCCCUCUGCCGGCGGCUGACCGACAAACUCAACCACUUCUUCUCUGAUAAGCAGCGAUUUGUGGACGAGAUCAACAGCGUCACUGCAGAAAAGCUCAUCUACAAUCACGCUGUGGAGAUGGUUCAGUCAGCAGCUCUUGAUGAGAUGUUCAAGCAGACUGAGGACAUAGCCUACCGCUACAGCAAGGCCGCCAUGCUGCUGGACGGCCUGUCCAAGAUCCUACAAGACCCCACUGACAUCGAGAACGUGGUCAAGUAUAAGGCCAGUGUGGACCGCAGGAUCUCAGCCCUCUGCUACUGCACUGUCACGCUGUAUGAGUAGCAGCUCAUGCACUCACACACACACAUAUAUAACACGCACACACACAAAGAGAGGGACCACGUCCUAAGACUAUUGACUACAGUCCUCACAAUCCUGCUGUUCCCUCCUGUAGCAGUUCAAGCACUUUUUUUUUCAAUUGAUAGGUUUCAUCUGUAUUUAUCAUCAGUUAGUUUAACUUGCUGCAUCACGGACUGAACUGUGACAAGCGACUGAUGCGCAAAUUUACAACCAAAGAUGACAACGGAUCCAGAAACAAAGGCUGAUACCGGAUGCGAACAUAAAACGUGCACUUUUAAGUGCUUUUUAUAUGCCGUGAUGGUGGCAAACCAUCAGAUCAACACACACACACACACACACACAUUAUAUAUGUUCAGGAUAUUUGUUUUUUUUUACCGGAAGAAAAAAAAGGAUGGACAGGACUAUGACUAUGAGAAAGUGUUGUGGGCUUCAAGAGACUUCAGCUCCCCAAGCGUGAAGCAGUGUAUCUUUUUAAAAUCCUGCAUACUAUGUGAUAUCGUUGGUUAUUUACUCUGUGUUUAAGUUGUUAUUGUUCUUAUUUAUUGGUUCAGAAGAACAUGGAUGUUUUUAAUCUCCUGCCUGUCUUGAAAACCUCAAGUAUUGGAGUAGAAGGAAAUGGAAGAAAUUAACAAAAGGCUUACGGCCGCUCACUGUAACAGAUCCUACUUAGAUGCUCCGAAACAAAAUUGAAAUCAAACACAGACUCCUGUUACACAAACUAAAAUAACAGACAGCCACGAGAGCAAAGGAACCUGUAGAUUUGUAAUUGAUUUGUUUUUAGGUGUAUGUUUUUUUUUUCAUGUGUUGUUAGCUCAAGCACUUUAUUGUGGAUUGAGAGGAGGAGAUGGUGUGUGUGGGGUGUGUGUGUGUGUGUGUGUGUGUACGUGUGUAAGUAAGUACAAGUUCUGAAGGUAGAAAUGUGAAGGCAGGGGAAGGCUCUCUAAUCACUCCUGCUCCCAUCGUGUGUGCGUGUGCGUGUGCGAGUGCGUGUGCGUGUGUAACAAGUCUACAAGUGCAAGUGCAUACAUCUCCCAUAAAGCAGAGGAACCAAUCAGACAGGAGAUUUGUUUUUUAUUGUCAAAGUUGAAUUCAUAUGUUUGACAGAACCUCUUUUUCUACCUUACUGAUUUUAAAGUCAUAUAGUUAAAGGGACAUUCCCCCACUUUUACACAUCAAGAUCAGUUUACUUGUCAUGAGGAGCACUUACUCAGCCUGUGAAAACACGUGAUGUGGCUCUCUGGAUGAGCUAUUAUCAGGCAGUAUGGGGCUAAUAGCUGGCUGUAUUGAGUUGCAUUAUGGGAAGUGUAGUGAUACUGCAGUGUUUGUUGGAGUUUGAUCCACCUUUUCCACCUGAAAGUCAUGACAUCAGCAUCCCCUGCUUAAUUUUUGAUAUUAUUUAUUUAAUCUGUCUUUGGUAAUUUCUCCAGCUUUAUGAAAGUGUUAUACUAAAUCAAUGGAAUAUCCCUUAAUAUAACAUUUUAAUAAUAAUAUAAUACCAUUGACAGGAUGACUGAUAAUGUCAAAGUAAAGAGCUGGGUAGCUUUGAUAAGAUAAUUUAGCAUUCAUCUGCACUUUCCACGCAGAUUUCUGACAGAAAAAUCGGACAGCUGCUUGUCACAUGGUCCAUGUUCCUCUUAGUCAUUUUUAUGGGGAUGUAAUGCACCCGCAGUGACUUGUCCAUCAUGCCGCUCACAGUGAGGAAAAGGUUGAGGUGAACUUUGGGUGAUGGUGUCUCACUCUGCUCACAUUGUCACAUAAUCUGUAAGGCUCAGAACCCGAGAAACUGAUCCACCGCAGCGGCGUCCGGCCUCGUUCUCCUGUCACCGCCGCAGCACCGAGCAGCCAAUCAGGCGUCCGCUUUAACCAUGAUGGAGUAAAUAUUGAAACUGAAUGGUCAUAUUACUUGACGAGUAACCUUAUUAUAAGUUUGAUUUUUACUAAAAAAUACUACAGCUUUUUAUGUUUGUCAGUAUCUGUAGCUCAUUUUUAACAAAACUUGAUGUUUGCAAACUUGUAUAUAUUUUUAUGUGGUGCAUGUGAUGAUUCCUUUUCCCCUUUUUUUCGGGAGGGGAGCGAAUGCGUGUGAGAUCACAGUUUGAGUUUCGGGCGAGUGCCCUGCUUGUCAGUCAAAGAGCACAAAUCUUUAUAUGUACAUAGAUGAAUUUGAUACAUUUUCUUCAUGUCUGCCAAGGGUUUGCUAUAAGAAAAAAACUAAACCUAUUUUGGCACAACAGGGGUGUGCCAAAGAAUAAAAUAAAACUCAAGGCAGCUCCAAAACUUUCCAACGAACUCUUUGUACCUGGACUGUUCAUCGUUGAGAUCAAAACACACACACAUCUGUUCAGUGGGUCUUACACAAUAUUUCUGAAAUGAGUGUUAUGUCUUAUUUCAGACGUCUUUCUCAUUUCUCAAACAUUAAUGAGACUUGAUUUGUCACACUCUGCACUGCCUCCACUUAGUCCCUCUGCCUCCCCUCAAGUUAUCUGCUGUGCAGUGUAUGUACUGUAUGUAUGUAUGAGUGUAUAUACACACGUGCACUUGCCAGGUGUGCAUUAAGGCCAGUAGUAUACAGUUGAUGAUGGAAAAGGUGGUGCCUUCUUCUUGCGAAAGCAGACAUACGUAGGCCUACUCCUCUGUACAGGUGUGAAUACAUUUGUUUUUUUUCUCUCUGUGUAAAAAUGUGUAUAAAUGCAUUCAAAAGGCAUCCGGUGGUCUCCGGGCCUGUUCCUCUGAUGUACUGUUCUUUUUUUCUAGACAUAUCUGGGGUUUCAGUUUCCCUCGUCCUUGUCAUGAGCACUCUGAACCACACAAAGCCUUUUACUGCACACAGAGUGUAGAGGGACAAAUAAAGCUGAUAGAAUCCCACCUGAAUCUUUGCUCUGUACCAUUUUUUUUUUUUUGGUCUGUGGACUGUAACUGAAGACAGACUGUUUUUUUUAAAGAAAGCAUGGGUACCAAGUCUGCAUUUUACCCUGUAGAACCUCUAGAAUCUUGAAUGUAUGUACCCUGAUGUUUUAUGCGCCUCUCCAGCUUGAUCUGAAUGCAUUUUGAAGAACCCCUCUGUCAGUCAUGACCUCUCUCUCUCUUUCUCUGAACUGACCCUGAAAAUGCAACACUUUCCAAGCACCGGUUUUUCAAAGAGAAAAGUCAACGUUAUACUCGUUUCUCUCACUGAGGGGUGUCUCUCUUUUUGUUCUUUAUGGAACUCGAAUACAGUCUUUGUUAUUAAAAAAAGAGAAUAAAUGAA